ACUCUCUGUUGUACUCAUGAACUGCCCAUCCUUCACUUAAUUAAGAUAUCAAACAACAAGAGAUGGCAGAGAAUGUGAAGGAAGAAGAGGAAAGAAACAGCAGAAAAGAUGAUAGUAAUAAGGUGGAGGAUAUGAAGAAGAAGAAGAAGAAGAAACAGCUUGGAGGCAUCAAGACAAUGCCAUUCAUCCUUGCAAAUGAAAUAUGUGACAGAUUCGCAGCCACUGGAUUCCACGCCAAUAUGACAACGUAUUUGACACGGCAGCUGAACUUGCCCCUGGUUAAGGCUUCUAAUACUCUCACCAACUUCAGUGGAACGGCUAGCUUCACUCCCCUUAUUGGUGCUCUAAUCGCCGAUUCUUACGCCGGCCGAUUUUGGACCAUCAUCAUCGGCUCCAUCAUCUAUGAACUGGGAAUGAUCGGCAUCACCGUAUCAGCAAUACUCCCAUCACUGCGACCUCCACCAUGUCCAGCUCAACUGAACUGCAAAGAAGCCUCAACUUCACAAUUAUGGGUCCUCUACAUAUCCCUCCUCCUUACAUCCCUGGGCACUGGUGGGAUCAGGCCUUGUGUGGUAACAUUUGCUGCAGACCAAAUUGAUAUGACUAAAUCAAGUGUUGCUUCUCGUGGCUGGAAUUUCUUCAACUGGUACUAUUUUAGCAUGGGAAUGGCAACAUUAACUGCCUUGACUGUUGUUGUUUAUGUACAAGAUGAUGUGGGUUGGGGUUGGGGCCUUGGAAUCCCAACCAUUGCCAUGGCUUUGUCCAUUGCAGCUUUUGUAUUUGGUUCUCCACUUUAUGUCAAAUUAAAACCAGGUGGAAGCCCUUUGGUUAGAUUAGCUCAAGUGAUUGUUGCUGCCGUGAAGAAGAGAAAAUUGGCGGUGCCUCGUGACCCUGCUUUCCUAUACCAGAAUAAAGAGCUUGAUGCUGCUAUUUCUGUCAAUGGAAGGCUCUUGCACACCAAUCAAUUCAAGUGGCUUGAUAAAGCUGCAAUAGUAACAGACGGUGAGCAAACAGAUUCAAAGAAUCCUAACCUCUGGAGGCUAGCUACAAUCCAUCGAGUUGAGGAGCUAAAAUCCAUUGUCAGAAUGCUACCAAUUUGGGCUGCUGGGAUCUUACUAGUAACAGCUUCUUCACAUCUACAUAGCUUUGUCAUCCAACAAGCUCGCUCGAUGGAUCGUCGAUUGUCCCAUUCCUUUGAAAUCCCACCAGCUAGCCUAUCCAUCUUCAGCAUUCUCACCAUGCUCACAGGCCUUGUUUUAUACGAACGACUCUUCGUCCCCUUGGCUCGUCGCUUCACUGGAAACCCCUCAGGCAUCACUUGCCUGCAGAGAAUGGGCAUAGGUUUCUUCAUCAAUAUAAUCGCCACUGUUGUUUCAGCACUGGUUGAGAUGAAAAGAAAAGCAGUCGCAGCCCAUCACAACUCACUUGAUGAUCCUAAAGCCAUUAUUCCAAUAAGUGUGUUUUGGUUGGUUCCUCAGUUUUGCCUGCACGGAGUAGCAGAAGUUUUCAUGUCUGUUGGGCACCUGGAAUUUCUUUAUGAUCAAUCACCAGAAAGCAUGAGAAGUACAGCUGCAGCUCUCUAUUGGAUAGCAAUUUCCAUGGGAAAUUAUAUUGGAACACUGAUGGUGUCACUAGUUCACAAGUAUACUGGUCAGGAAAAUAACUGGUUGCCUGAUAGGAACCUGAACAGGGGAAGAUUGGAUUACUAUUACUGGCUUGUCACAGGAAUCCAAGUUUUAAAUCUUGUUUAUUAUGUAAUUUGUGCUUGGGUUUAUACUUACAAACCCUUAGAAGAGGCCAAUGAAGAAGAUGGUGAAGCAGCUAAUGAUGAGAUAGAGAUCCCAUGUAAGCGAUUGAAUGAUGGACAUGGGGAUGGAGAGGUCGAGCUAACAAUGUCAACAAAUGAGAUGGUCAGGAUUGUUUAGGAGAUUAGCUACGCUUGCAAUGUGAAUUAUAAAGCAUUUUUUGUAUUCAAAUAAAUGGAAAUCUCAUGGACUAAAUGAUAUUUCUAAAUAAAAUGUUUUAAUAUGUCA